GAAAAUUACAGACAGACAGUCGUCAGCCAAUCAGCGCUCACCUGUCAACCCGGCCAUUUGCCCAUCGCCGUGGAAAACAUUGAUCCUCGUAAAAAUCCAUGUAAAAAGGGGUGAAAUACUUCAAAAAAUCUCACCUCCUUUGCACCAUAAUCGGCCUUCACGGCAGGCAGGCAGACCGCAGACGGCACCUGAAACAACCUUUGCUUAGCAACAACCAGUGCCGGCUUAAAUCCGCGUACCUGCAUCAUGUAUCCAGGAGGCCGAGGAGGUGCGGGCCGUGUGUGGGAACCACGCCACGAAUAUGUUCCAAGGGGUGGCGGCGGUUUCCACCCUCAGUUCCAUCACCAACAACACCACGGGGGUCAUACUUUCAAUGGUAAUGGGAAUGGCUCGGGUGCAGGCAUGCAACACCUGCAAGCCCUCAAGGUGGGCGAGGGCAUCCACCACACAAAGACCUUCAAACCCCAGCAAAACAACAUUAUGAAUAACAACAACAUGAGCAAAGCAGGCGAGAAACUGAAGAAGCCUGUCUGGGACGCUAAAGACUUGCCACCCUUUCCUAAAGAUUUCUUCACCCCUCCGCAACCUGUAUUAGAUAGAUCAGUUGAAGAGGUCAACACCUUCAGAGCUAACAAACAAAUCACUGUGCGGGGCAGCGAAGUGCCCAACCCAACUCAGGACUUUGAAGAAGCAGGCUUCCCCGAGUACAUUUACCGCGAAAUUAUGCGACAAGGAUUUGACGAGCCAACUUCAAUUCAGUCGCAAGGAUGGUCAAUUGCUCUCAGCGGCCGUGACAUGGUCGGCAUUGCGCAGACUGGCUCCGGAAAAACUCUUGCUUACAUUUUGCCAGCGGCCGUUCACAUCAACCAUCAGGCUCGACUUCAGCGUGGUGAGGGCCCUAUUGUAUUAGUCUUGGCGCCUACUAGAGAGUUGGCGCAGCAGAUCCAGCAAGUGGCCUCCGACUUUGGGUCACCGUCCAGCAUCCGCAACACCUGCAUCUUCGGCGGAGCUCCCAAGGGUCCUCAGGCCCGCGACUUGGAACGUGGCGUUGAGAUUGUCAUUGCCACCCCUGGCAGACUCAUUGACUUCCUUGAGAGGGGAACAACAAAUUUGCGCCGUUGUACUUACUUAGUGUUGGACGAGGCUGACCGCAUGUUGGACAUGGGCUUUGAACCCCAAAUCAGAAAGAUCGUUGAUCAGAUCAGGCCUGACCGUCAAACUUUGAUGUGGUCGGCAACUUGGCCGAAAGAAGUUCAGGCUCUUGCUGAAGAUUUCCUUAAGAACUACAUCCAUCUAAACAUCGGAUCUCUGUCACCAGCUGCUAAUCACAACAUUCGUCAGAUUGUUGAUGUCUGCCAAGAGCACGAAAAACCAUCAAAGUUGUCUGCUUUGUUGAGAGAAAUCUGCUCGGAGAGAGAAAGCAAGUGCAUCAUUUUUGUAGAGACGAAGAAGAAAGUUGAUGACAUCACAAGAGCCAUUAGGCGUGAAGGUUGGCCAGCAAUCGCCAUUCACGGGGAUAAAUCCCAGCCAGAACGAGAUCAUGUUCUGACAGAAUUCCGUAAUGGAAAGUCCUCGAUUUUGGUUGCCACGGAUGUUGCUGCCAGAGGCCUUGAUGUUGAGGAUGUCAAGUUUGUCAUCAACUUUGACUAUCCCAAUUCGUCAGAAGAUUACAUUCAUCGCAUCGGCCGCACAGGACGGUCCCAGAGGUCAGGCACGGCUUAUGCCUUCUUCACUGCCAACAAUGCCCGGCAGGCCAGAGAUUUGCUGUCUGUCUUGCGUGAGGCCAACCAAGUUAUCAACCCUCAACUUGCGGAAAUGGCUGCCCAACAAAGGAACAACUUCAGCAGCAGAGGCCGUGGCAGAUACAGCAACUCUCAAAACGGAGGCAUCAACCGCUCGCAGAACACUUACACGCAGAGCAGCAGCACUCCUCAGGCCGUGACCAACGGCGCCCCCCGCUUCAACAUGGGCCGUGGCCGUGGUGGCUUUGCCAAUGGCAUGCAGCAGGGAGGCAGACCCCCAUAUGUGAAUGGAGGUGCUGGCUUCCACCACCCUCACCAGCAGGCUCAGGCUGCACAGCCGUCGGCCCAUUAUGUGCAGCAGCAGGCACCCCAUCCAGGUCACUGGAGCGGCGCAGCCCAACAGCAGGCUGCCCAGCGCGCCCACCAACAGCAACAGGCUCAGUUUUACGGCAGCCUGCCGCAGCACACGGAGCUGCAGGCGCUGCUCAACAGCAAAUUCUUCCAGUGCACUCCGCCGCCCUGCGGAGGCAACCAACAGCAACAGCAAACCUACUUCCAGCCGUAUGUGUACGGCUACGGGCAAACGGCCGCCGUCCAGCAGUAGACAGGUGGACCAUAAUUGAUUUCCCACUUGGUUGCAUGCACAGGAGGCAUCUUAAUUUACAGCUUAUAGACCCUUUAAACCACAAUGGUUGGAAAUGUGGAUGUUGAUUUAAAAUUGGCCUUUCUCUUGUGGGGCUAGUCCAACAAUUCCAGGGUAAAUGUUCUGAUGAAACGGCUGCAUUGCGAAUGUUCAAUAUUUCUCACCUUUUUUAAUUCAUGGUGGUCUUCCCUCAUCCUCUAAUUCUUGAUUCCAUAUUAAUGAUAUGGGGGGAGGUUGCAAUGAAUUAAAAAUCGGUAGGAAGUUUUAAAUAUUUGCAAAUCAGUCUGAUUUUUAUCCAAAAAUGUUUAACUUGAAAUUAUUGGAAUACUCUUGUCAGUGGCAAGCCAGUUUUAAAUCAAAUUCCACAUUUCUUAGCCAAGGUUUGAAUGUGUUUCAAGUUUGAAUUUUUUCUACAGGGUUUUUCGUUUGAAACGAGACAGUCGUCGCAGUACUAAUCGAUUUCGGCCUCCAGUAUAUUCCUUAGAGAGACCGAAACGUUAAAAUCAAUGAUUCAUUUGACCUCUGUGCUUGUAACUGUUACUUUAAAUUGCUUAUUAUUUUCAUUUUUUUUCCUCCGUUUGAUUGAUUUAGAGUUAAGGAGUACGCGAAAGAAACGAAUUUUUCGUGGUUAUUUUCAAAUAUAUUAUAAUAUUCAUGCGGUUUGGUAGGUGGAUAAUAACUAAUUCAUUUAAUUACUAUAAAUAUUAGUAUUGUGCUUCGUAGGACUAUGCAUGAUAAAAGUAGCACGCUUUACACAGUAGCGUUUCGAGCACCCUCCGUCGCCAUGUCCUUAAACAGGCGGAGGGUGCAUUUCACAAAUAAAAGGGGACGAGAGACACGAACUUGACCAAAGUCCAUUGACAAUUGACUUGGGGCCGAGUAAAAAAUUAAAUGACGUCCCCUUUUUAGCAGUGCUAUUAGGAUGCUCAUAUUGAAAAAAAAACGAAAGAAAAAAUUAUGUCGUCAAAUAAUGAUGUAACAAUAUUCACCUUGUAUAAUAAUUAACUAUGUCCUUUCGAGUUUUUCAUUAUUUUUUUUUGUCAAAGUUAGAUUGAGACGAUAAGUCAUGACCACUCAAUGUCACUCAAUUACAUAUUUAUUUCUUUGUCAUUUUUACACGCUAAGGUUUUAUAUACACAUAAGGCAAAUCACAUUUGUUGUCAUCGGACAUCUGCUAUAAUAUGAUUGAAAAUGAAAAACACACACACACUGUUUGUUGUUCCUCUGUAAUAAUGUAAUAUGCCUAGGAAAUUUUGCAUUCUUCCCCAAGUGAAGAAUUAUUUAAGUUAAAGCUGAAAGCGACGAUCUCUUUGCGCACGGGGCCAUUUCCAGGGAUGAAACAUAAAAAAAAACGUGAAAAAUAACCUUCCGCCCAUUUGAAAUCAUGCAAGUGGAUCCGCGCUGAGCUUAAUGAUAUAAAAAUAUAUUUCAUGGUAUCCUAAAUAAGAAUAAUAACUCGAGAUUUUGUACGAAAUGCCAACUGAGAUCGGGGGAAUUUCCAAGUAGGUGGCUGAACACUGACAAACAAACAAACACACACGAGAUGAUGAACACGUCUAAACUAAACACACACAACUUUUGGGGGUAACUGCGAUGAUUUCUCUCACACCGGUACGAAAACAAAUUCAGUUUUCACUUUUUUCAGAAAAAAUGUAAAAUAAAACACGCCGAACGCAGCAAGAAAGGUUAGACAAACACACAAACACACUGUGCAAUGCAUUUUGGUGUUCUUUGUUGAAUUUUUCAAAGCGUGGAAAAGUAACUGUUAAAAAGUAAGAAACGAACAUGAGGCCAACCACUGAAAGAAUGUGUCGUAGGCGAACAGGCUUAAUCUUGGGCUUGCAGCGACAAUUAAAAACAAAUUACCAGCGUACAUUUAUGAAGGAAAGUGUGAAAUAAUUUUUGCUCCGCGCCCUGAAACUAGUUGAUAUAAAAAGGAAUACAAUAUACGAAAUGCUGCCAAAAGUAAGAAGUACUCUCAUCAGUGAAAAGCCUUGUUGAUUAUAUUAAUUAUGUAUUCAAUCGCUGCGCACACUUUUUGAUCUCCGCCGUAUGUAAUAUUCAAUGAUAAUUUUCUGUCUGUUGGGCGCCGAGCCGCAACAGGCUCACUUAAGCAAAUGGCAAAAGCAAACCUGGUCGCAUCCGAUUUUGCAAAACCACGAUGCAACUUGUUAAAUACUAAAAUAGUAUUACGAUAAAAGGAAACAUUUUUACUGCCGCGAUUCUGGCUCGUCAUGUGAACUACUUUUUUAUCGAUUAUUUUUGUUUGGAACAAAGUAUAAAAUAUUAUAAUGAAUCCAUUUUUAAAUGUGCAGGCUCCGAGACGGUGGUAAUUGAUAUAAAAAAACCCGAAACGCUCAACUAGCAGACGUGUGAGCCUGGUACAAGACAUAAAAAUCAAAUUCAUGAAAAGCAGCAGCGCGUUUUUAGCCUCUUCACGAAUGGUUUUCUUAGCUGUGAUACCUAAUCAAUGAUCUGAGAGACUGGCUAUCCGCUCCCGGCUGGCUCCGGGUCACACACUAUGAUAAAAAAAAAUGCGAUGUGUUUUGGUUUCAUUCGCCACUAUAUGCUUCUUUUUGUUCAGAACUCUCCUUGUUUAAAGCAGGGUGUUGUUAGGGAAAAUCAAUCAAACGAUCGAUUACACUGACGAGAGCGAAUAAUUAUUACGAUGAUAGGUUUUUCGAGCAAGGAAUUUUUAUGCGAAGCCUCUUCUUUAUAAUCAAAGAAAACAACUUGUGAUAUUAAGACAUUCAUUCAUAAAGGGUACAUCGAACUGUUUGAUUGUAGUGAUCGUUUAUAUAAUUAUUAUUAUUAUUUUUUCUUACAAGUAACUCUUUUUAAUUGAUCGCGAUUGUGUUGUUCCAGAUUUACAUAAGUUAGUAGUGUUCAUAUUUGUUUGUUAAUCUGCACGCAGGAAAUAAUGCGAAGUCGUUUAUUCCAUUUAUACUCCGUAGUUUUCCUCUAUACUUAGGUCUGACUGCAUUAUUCAAACGUUCUGUCUUUCCUUCCCCACCUUGCAGAUAAAUUUAAAUUUUCUCGAGACGAAAAUCGUUCCUUUUUCGUCCAAAUGAGUAGCUAUAAAUUAUAACUUUGAGCAAAAAUAUAAAACUCCCGAGCACGCAGUGGACAUUUGAAAUAUUUUCACACAAGACUGAUAUCAAAGCUUUAAACCAAGAGAACAACAACUUUGUCGUUAACAUAACGAGAAAAGCAUGCACGCACGCGGAAUAUAGUGCAAUCGAUAAUUUAAAGAGUAAGCGGAAUUGAUGCAAAUUACGGGAAAAAGAAGAAGAAGUGCUAACGACGAAACAGUUUGUGAAACCCUUAACAAAGAAUGUUUAUUUUAUAAUAACAAGUUGGUUCUGACUAAAUUAUUAUGCGAUUAUUUAUUUCCAUACAUAUAAAAAUAGAUUAUUAAAAGUAGGAGAAACAUUGAAAGAAGAAGAAAAGGCGCGCCAAUUUUAUGUGUUGUUGUGUUUUCCUUGACGAUAAAAAUGAUGAUAUAAUAAUUAAAAAGUGGAAAUCGAGAUGAGUCGCCAAGCGACUAGCCAGUGGAAUUGCCCUCAUGUUGCUAAUCUUCAUGCGAAAAUCGUGAAAUUGCAUAGGCGAACUAUUACUUUGUCCAAUCUUAUACGGUAAAUUAAUGAUUUUUGUUUGAUUAAUUUCUUUAGAAUGACGAAAAAGAGAGAGAAAAAUAAAUUCACUUAGGUAAAUGAUGUAAAAUUGAUGCUUGUUUUUCUGCUAUGAUUUGUAUUUAUCAUUAUCGAGAGUAUAAAAAGAAAUAAAAACGCCAGUACGAGAUAGUGUAAUUGAUUAAUUGCAGAAGUAAUACUAUUGUAUUCAGUGAAUGGAGAACCCUUGACACAUUUCAAAGACUACUUAGUAAAAAAGCCUUGAUGCCAACUCAAUUGAAAGAAACAAAUUAUUCACAACAUGUGUAAGUGUGUAAAAAAAGGUGAAUAUUUUUCAGCGCAUAAUGCAGUGAAAUAAAAUAAUAAUGAAAAAAAUUGAGAACAGUUAUGCCUUGACAGUACAAAAAGAGACACAAAAUAAUUUCACCUCCUGUCAAAUGAAAAACGAAAAUGUGAUCAGUUUUUUGUUGA